GUACGUAUUAUUAUCAAUGUGAUUUAGAUUGAUAUUUAGAUACCUAUGUCAUUAAUUGGUAAGGUAGUCACAGCUCGCUACAAUGGCGAGCUAAUUAACAAUUUAAUAAUUUAUUGUAGUACGUCGUCAGUCGCCACGCGUGUCACUACGCCAGUACUCCGUCACUGCAUCGUAAAAAGCAUUAAAGCAAUAUAAUAAUAUUUAUAAACGUACACCUACGAGUUACGACAUCGUAUUUCGUUGACCACUGUCUGACAUAGCUUUCCUCGGACUAGCAAACUAUUUGAAUGUGCAGUCUAUAAGUGUACUAAUUACUAAUAGAUUUGUCAGUAAAUAGUCAUCCAAUCUCUCCUUGGGCACUAUCCAUGUACAUCAACUUCAACGACACAUGACUCAAUAACUUCACAAAGUCACCAAGUUGGAUGUGUUCGGUCAAGAUGUUAGUUAAAAUGGGUGUGCAUUCAAUUAUUUAAACGGUCGUUUUUAUGUUGUUGGCGGAUUCAAUGAAGCUGAUUAUUUGAAUAGUGCAGAGGUUUGGGAUAAUCAAGGAUGGCGAAGGAUAGCUAAUAUGUCUACCCCAAGAGCUGAAUUAGGUGUGGAAGUACUCAAUAAUUGUUUAUAUGCGGUGGGAGGAUGUUAUGAUAAUGGAGAUUCAUCACAAUUGAAAUCUGUCGAAUGUUAUGACCCCAGGCUUGGCAUAUGGACUCCAGUUGCCGAUAUGUCAGUAUGCCGCGCUGGUGCUGGUGUAAGAUUAAUGGAUGGCAUUAUGUAUGCUGUUGGUGGUUUAAAUGAAACAGGUAUUCUUAAAAGUGUUGAAGUGUAUAAACCAAGUUCUGGAGUAUGGACUUCUAUUGCUGAUAUGCAUAUGUGCCGAUGGAGGCCUGGAGUAAUCGAAUGUGAUGGUUUGUUACAUGUUUUGGGCGGAAGUUAUGAAAUGGGUGAAGAACAAAAGGACUCUGUAGAAAUAUACAACCCUAAUACUAAUACCUGGACCAUGGAAUAUUAAUUUAAUUGUUGGUAGAGUAAUUUUAAUAUAAGCAGUAGUAGCCAAAUUUCAUUAAUAAUAUUAGUAUACACAGUCCCAUUGUUCGUAGUUAGGUUAUCCAGAAAUACACUAUGAUAGAUAAAAAAAUGUAUUUUAUUAUAAGAAAUACAUCAUUAAUUAGUGUAAUUUAUGAUAGACCAUUUAUUGAUACUUUAUAAAUUUCUAAUUGUUUCAACAAAAUAUUUUUAUAUUAUUUAAAUUAAUUGAUUUAAAAUACUUUUAAAUUAAAAAUUUAAUCUAAAUAGAUGGUUAUGUUUUAUAAUAUGUACAACGUUUGUCGCUGGUUAGUGUAGACAAGUGAAUCCAAUUCACUAUAGCUUCUCAAAUUUAUAAAUUUAUUUAUUUUAAGACUGUCUAUUAAAUCUAAUUGCUCAAUUACAUUUAUCACUCAAUA